GAAGAUAAUGUCAGUAUGUCACAACCAGUGUUCUUGUUGUUAUGCGAUGCGCUUCACAGUUUUGGAUUGACGUUGCCGGAGCGCGAGCAUGGUGUUUCGCUGGAAGAGAAGGUAGCCAUUUUUAUUUGUGCGUUGCAGGGUCUAUCUUGGAAACAUUUGCAAGAACGGUUCCAACACUCAAAGGAGACAUUGUCACGCAAUUUUCAUGAGGUAAUGCAAGUUAUGAUACCGUUUACAUCAGUUCAUAGUAGGAGUCUUACGCCUGAACAAGUACAACAAGGGGGCCAUCCACAUUUACGAUCACAGCAGCAGUACUGGCCAUUCAAGGACUGCAUCGGUGCAUUGGACGGGACGCACGUGAUGGCUCGUGUCUCACAGGAGUACGCCACAUCAUACUAUGGCCGGAAAGGCGUGCCGACACAGAAUAUAAUUGCUGUAUGUGACUUUAAUUUGUGCUUCACAUUUGUCUCUGCCGGUUGGGAUGGGAGCAUGCACGACAGCCGGGUUUUGCACUACGUGACAACCGAAGAGAAACAUCGCUUCCCGCACCCCGCACCAGGAAAAUACUAUUUGGUGGAUAGCGGUUACAGCAACAAGACAGGGUACCUAGCCCCCUACAAGGGGUAUAGGUAUCACCAAAAUGCCCAUCGAAAUCGAACACCGCAGAAUCAGUUCGAAAUGUUCAACAAGGCACAUUCGUCACUGCGUAGUUGUAUUGAGCGGACAUUCGGUGCCUGGAAGUCUAGGUGGGGGGCAUUGCGGAAUAUGCAGAAGUUAAGUUUUUCUAAUCAAGUUACGUUUGUAUGUGCAUCGAUGGCGUUACAUAACUUCAUACGCCGACAUAGCGAACUUGAUGAGGUCAUGAUGGGUAUCCCAGACCGUGACGAUUACAUGGCCCCCCAAAUGCCCGACCACGACGAAUACACACGGGUUACUGAUGUGAUGGAGGAAGAGGACUCGGACCCUGCAAUGGCCGCUGUAAGGGUGAACAUUACUAACGCACUGGUACGGCAAGCACACCGGUAGGAGCGAAUUGGAAAUACAAGAAUAUCGUAUGAAGGUUUUUGCAGUAUCUUUUAUAAUAAUUUGUUCUCAACUUGCCUAUGCCAAAAAAUAAUUUCUAGCCAUUUGUCAGAAAACAAAGAAAACAUAAAAAAAAGAAAAGGAAAUUUGCAUGACUGGGCAUGUACGUGGUUUAUCUUUUUUUAUUCACAUGUUAUGAUAUGAAUUCCCGAAAAUACAGAGCAGACCUGUUCCACUCGUUUCCAAUUUUCGGACAAUAAUGGA